CGCGCUGAUGCCAUGAUGCUGAGAUCAGGGCGCUCAGGUCUUCAAUCACCACCAUUCCACCGUGCCUUCCAGAAUGCGUCGCGUGGCUUCGCGAGCGAGGCCUACGACGUGGCUGUGAUAGGCGGCGGGCCUGGCGGGUAUGUGGCGGCCAUCAAGUCGGCCCAGCUGGGACUCAAGACGGUGUGUGUGGAGAAGCGGGGCGCCCUGGGCGGCACCUGCCUCAACGUCGGAUGCAUCCCAUCCAAGGCGCUGCUCAACAUCUCACAUAAAUACCAUGUAGGCAGGCGCGUCAUCCUGCAGAUGGAGGACAGAAUGGUCAAUCGCUUUCCCUCUCUCUCUUUGUUUCUCAGGAGAUGCUUCAUGACUACGCCAAGAUGGGCAUCAGUUUCGACAAUCCUGCCUUCGACGUUGCCAAGAUGAUGGCACAGAAGGAGAAGUCCGUCAAGGGCCUCACCGGUGGCAUCGAGUUUCUGUUCAAGAGAAACAAAGUCGACUACAUCAAGGUCACAGCUGAAAGGGACGGAGAGAGGGAGCGGUAGCCAGCGGGACAUGUGCACAUGGAUGUCUGUGAAUCGAUUGUGUGUCAAUAUCAUGUGUGGAUGGUGGUAUUGUGUCAUCAGGGCUGGGGCAAGCUGACAGGGCCCACAGAGGUGUCCGUUGACCUCAACGAGGGAGGGGUAAGACAGCGAAGGACCGAGCCAUAUUCCCUCUCUCCCCUGUAUGUGUGUAUGUAUGUAUAUUCAGUCGAAGCAGCUGUCCGCCAAGAACAUCAUCAUCGCGACGGGAUCUGACCCCGCCCCGAUGCCGGGCGGGUCCCUGGUGGCUGACGAGAAGACCAUCCUGACGUCCACAGGUGCCAUCGCAUUGGAGGACGUGCCCAAGAAGAUGGUGGUGGUGGGGGGCGGCUACAUCGGGCUGGAGCUGGGCUCCGUCUGGGGCAGGCUCGGGGCCGAGAUCGAAGUGGUCGAAUUCACUGACAAAAUCGCCGGCACACUGGUGAGUGAGUGGUGGCAGGUGCAGGGGGGAGGCAGUGGCAGCUGUGAGUGGUGUCCAUUCUUCAGGACGGCGAGGUGGGCAAGGCUUUCCAGAAGACGCUCGAGAAACAGGUGAGCAGCGAAGGACGCACGCGUAUCUCUAUAUAUGUGUGUGUGUGUUUUCUUCAUCUCAUCUAGGGCAUGAAGUUCCACCUGGGAACCAAGGUGGUCGGUGCGGAGGUCCACGCGAACGGAGCAACAGUCAUCACAGGUGGGUGACACCAGACUGCAUGGUUCGUGCUUGUGUGUCACCCUCUCUCGCUACUUCGCAGAGCCGGCAAAGGGCGGCGCGCAAUCCAAGGUGAGAGAGGGGAGGGCACUGACCGACGGUUACUCUGUUGCGUCACAUUCGUACACGCAUCCAUCGAUGUAUGUCAGAUUGAGUGUGACAAGAUCCUGCUGUCCGUCGGCCGCGUGCCCUUCACCGAGGGCCUGGGGCUCGAGCAACUCGGCGUCACCAAAGACAAGGUCAGGAGGGACGUGCACUCUCCGAGAUGCUGACAUUUACCGACCAGAUCAACUGGCCACAUUUGUGUGUAUUUGUGUGUGUGUGUGUGUGUGUGUGUAUGUCAGAUGGGUCGUGUGGAUGUUGACCCCCACACCUUCCAGGUGCCCAACUUCCCCUCUCUGAGGGCCAUCGGUGACGUCAUUGUGGGGGUAACCACAUACAGACCCACCAACACACGUAGCGCCUCAUCGGCACACGUCUCAUAUGUGCCAUGAAUGCAGCCCAUGUUGGCCCACAAGGCCGAGGAGGAGGGCAUCGCGGCCGUGGAGCUCAUCGCCGGCCAGGGCGCCGGACACGUCAACUAUAACGCAAUACCAGGCACACACACACACAGAGACACUCCCUCAUCCAUCGCAUGAUGGAUGCAUCUCGUGUGUGUGUGUUGCUUUAGGUGUGGUGUACACGCACCCCGAGGUGGCCGGCGUGGGUCUGACGGAGGAGCAGUGCAAGGAGCAGAAGAUCGCCUAUAAGAAGGGCUCCUUCCCCUUCGCCGCCAACUCACGGGCGCGCACCAACGACGACAGCGAGGGGCUGGUUAAGGUCAUCACUGAGGCCGAGAGCGACAAGGUCAUCGGCGCACACAUGAUAGGGCCCAACGCAGGAGAGCUCAUUGCCGAAAUGGUUCUCGCUAUCGAAUAUGGCGCCGCAAGCGAAGAUGUCGCCAGGUGGGUGGGCGGGGCAAUGGCUGGGUGGGUGGGUGAGCGACAGGAAGAGAUUGGCAACAUGGUGUGCGUGUGUGUGUGUCUGUCUGUGUGUGUCUGUCUGUGUGUGUCUGUCUGUGUGUGUCCGCAGGACGUGCCACGCCCACCCGACGCUGUCGGAGGCCGUCAAGGAGGCUUGCAUGGCCGCGCACGGGAAACCCAUCCACUUCGGGUGAUGGCGGUCAGCGACGGCCUGCCUGCCUGCCUGCCUGUGUGGAUGGAAGGGUGCGAGAGGAGCAGUGUAGUCAGAAUGCAUUCACUCCAUUCAUGGAGGGAUGACCGGAGCCCCUUGGCUGUUGCUAGAUAGCUCGUGCCGCGCCUGUUUUCUGCUCGUGGGCGUCUGUGUGCUUACGUGUGCAUGGGCUAAUGGCCGUGCCGAGGCCGUAUCUCUGGUCGCCGUGAGGGGGAUUUAGAGAGGGAUGUGUGUGUAUCUAGAGACUCAACCCUGUCUACUCCCUGAACGAGGAACGCCAUUCACUCGUCCGUCCAUCCAUCCAUCCAUUCCAUUCACUUGCCC